CUUUACAUGUUCUCCACCAGUUUUCACAAUGUUCUGCCUUUUGAAAGUACAUAAGAGGGUUUUAUGAUCCAAAUAUUAUUUUCUCCUCUCUGUGACUUUCCCUUCAUGUUUUCAUUUCAUUUCAUUUCCAGCCCCCCAAAAACUUUUGUGAGGUAAAAUGUGAUGGAUGCAUUUUCUGAUCCUUGAUAGGAAACCUUAUUCACACUCUAUUAAUUAUUGCUCAUUACUGAUUAUUGAUCGGAGAAGGUUUGAUACAUGUAAAACUUUCCCAGAGUUCGGAAAAAGCUUUUCUUUACAUAAAUAGCGUCGCCUCAUUUGAAUGUUUCAGAUAACUUUUACAUUUACCAUUUUCUAUUUGUUUUAAAAAGGCCUAUAGAAACUAAACUUUAACAUUGUGGGGAUCUUUCCUCUUUUUCAUUUCAUUUAGUUCAUAGUCAGAAAAAGAGUUAAACCUAAUGUGGUUAAAGAAAAUGGAGACAGAGGUGAUGAGAUAAGGCCUCAGAGUAAGGGGAGGAGGAAGAUGAGCUGGUGAUUGCUCAAUUUAGUAUUUUAUGAUGAUUUGUAAUAACUUGUAAUAACAUUCAAAGCUUCUCCAACGUGUGUGUGUGUGUGUGUGUGUGUGUGUGUGUUGGGGGGUUGUCCAGCGUGGGGGAUGAUGGCAGAUGACUCAGGUGAUGUGUCAUACUCUGAGCUAUAAAAGGGAACUUUUACAUUUUGUCCACACAAACACACACAGACACACACUGUACACACACUGGAGUCAGAGUAGGUCGGUUCACUGCAGCGGGAGAAGAAGAAAGAUGAAAUUGAUUCACGACUCCAUCCUGUGUCUCCUCCACCUGCUGCUAUUGGCUGAGCUGUUUGUCCCGUCAUCGUCUCGACCCGCCAACCCCUCCUCCCUCUGUGGGAUGCUGGGACCGAUGAUCCAUCAGGUGGAGAAGCUGGUGCACUUCUCCAAAACACUUCAUGGGCUGUCAGAAGACGACGAGCUCCUCAACACUGUGGGAAACAAACUUCAGGAUCUUCCUCACGUGCAACACACCGCUGCACAUUUUAAUUCACUGAAGCUGAACGAGUCCCUGUCCCAGCUCUUCCAGUUCACCCAGUCCUUCAGGCUGCACAUGGACUGGCUGAAAACUGAGAAACACAACUUCAGUUUACCCAGUGGGACAGCAGAGGACGCCAGCACUCACCUGCUGCUGCUGUCCACCCACCUCACCACGUCACUGCAGCGGAUGGGUGAGGACGCUCCUCGGCCGCCGGCCCCCUCCCUCCCUGUCGUCUCCUCGGCCUUCGACGUGCUCCAGUGUUCCAUCGAGAUCUCUGAACGGCUACGGGUCUUCGGUAACUGGUCAAAAAGAGUUUUACACCACCUCAGAAGACUCUCGCGCUGCCGCAGACAUUGAGAAGCAGCGGUUCAAGACCUCCUACUGAAGCACUGUUAACGUUAAGGACUUUCCUGCAGCACAAAACAGGGAGAGUCACUUUGAUUCAGACUGAAAUCUGUCAACAACAAUAGUUCAUGAGGUUCAGAUCAAAACUUUGCAUUGUGCUCAGAGGAUGUGAACCAUCAACCUUUCCUGUACUCACACGUUUCCCUUAUCGGUCCUGUAUCAGGACUCUGGUGACUUGCUUCCUCAAACAACACCAGGUUUACAAAGUCUCAGCUUGGUCCAGACCUUUAUCCUCGUGGUCACCCUUCACACCAGUGCAGCCGGGGGAAGGGUUUUGUAUGGACCAGUUAGGACCAGAUGGUGAAUGUCAGUUUAAAGGAACUCCUGGUGGUGGGAACAUAACCUGGAAGUUUACCUCCAGAUGAUCAACUUUUUGAGCGGAGGUAGAUCUCACAAAUAAUAGAGAUUAAGUUUGUAUUGAUCAGAAAUUAAGAGGUCAGAGAUUGAAUGUGUUUCUAUGUGAGGUGCUGCGCUCGAUGGCACCGGUUACGUUUACGCCCUUUAAGACUGUUUACAUGAACUACACUACAAGGAAAAAUAGGAAUGCUGUUAUUAAUAUUUUUCUACUGACUGUUAUAUUCUAUAUUUAGAAUGCUAUUUAUGAGCUUUUUUACAUAAAGUAUUUGACGGUGUUUAGUGUGAGACGCAGGCAUCUCAUUGUUUUCUAUGUAAUAUUUAAUAUUAAUAUUAAUAAUAAUAAUAAUAAAGUAUUGUCAUGCUGUAGACUGUUACACUUCUAUUUAUACUUUUAUAUGUUUUGUUUUUCUACCAUGUUUGAAGUCAUUAAUAAAAAAUGUAAAUGAA